AUGAGCAUGGCAGGCUCGACACAGGGCUCUCCGGCUGGGGAUGCACUCACCCAAAUAUCUGCUGACUUGGCGGUCAUCUCUAUGAGUAUGCUUACCCAAAGGGACAAGGUCAAAAUGGUGGCCGAGCUCUGGUCCAUUAUCCGAGAGGAAAUCACAGCGGUCCGCAAUGACUUAGCUGCACUUGAGCAAUGGGUGGACGACCUAGAAGUUGACCGCCUGCAAUCGAUACAACACCGCCAGGCCACUGACUUUGCUGCUACCAGGCAAGACAAUAUCAUCCUCGACCUUCGGCGCCAAGUUGAGGACCUCAACAACAGAGGCAGUUGGAAUAAUUUACGUAUGGAGGGGAAUCGCCACAUGAGCUCCUUACAAGCCUGUUCUCCCAAUUGCUCAGAGAAGAGGCCCUGCCUGACUUCAGUAUCGAGAGUGCAUACCGGGCCUUGUGGGCCCCCAGAAGAGAUGGCCUACCCAGAGACAUCGGAUGCUGCCUACUUUCAUUCCAGCUGA